CGGUAGUGUUAAAGAGAUGAUAACCAGUGCUUAUCAGAUAUACAUUUAGGCAAGUGAAACAACAUAUCUAUCCGUGGAUGUUAUUAAAAACUUAAUAAUUAUUAUUUCAGCAUAAACUCCAACUAUUUAAAAAAAAUGGAAAAUGAAAAAUUAGAUCUUCUAAAUAAGUCAGCUCAUAUAAGUUCAUUAAAUAAAACCCCAGUAACAAUUGUUCAAGAGUAUGCAUCAAAAAGACAAUUAUGUCCACAAUAUGAUCUUGUUCAUAAUGGUACUAAAGAUCCUGUGGUGAGUUUUAGCUACAGACUAACCUUAGAGGAUUAUGAAACAAUCGGAAAAGGUUCAUCCAAAAAAGAAGCUAAGCAUGUGGCAGCUUUACAUUUACUUCAAUUAUUAAUGAAUGAUAAACCACAAUUAAUUAAAAAUGAAUUUAAGCACUUUGAUAUCAAUAAAAAUGUAGUUUCUCCUUAUGAAAAAAAUAUCAAAGAAAAUGCAGUAGGCCAACUUAACGACAUUUGUUCUAAUUUAAAAAUCAAAUUACCAGAAUUCAAAGAAGUCCGAGAAGAAGGACAGGCUCAUGCAAAAUUAUUUACUAUAAGUUGCUGUGUUGGUAAAUUGUGUGUAGAAGCACCUCACAAGACAAAACAACAAGCAAAGCAGUUAGCUGCACAUUUAAUGGUGCAAAAAUUAAUGGCUAUGGAUAAAUCAUUGAUUAUUACUCCAUCUGAUACAAGUAAUGUAAAUCCUAUGAAAGUACUUGAAAAAAUAGAAACCAUUAAAUCAAAUCAAGUUAAAUUGUCACCUCCAAUGGAUGAAGAUAUGUCCAAUUAUCAUUUGCUGUUCAAAAAAAAUGAUUGGCCUAAAACUGACACUUUAAAUAAAUUAGUCCGACAAAUUUGUUGUGAUAGUAAAUUGAACGUGAGUAAUCCUGUGACACUUUUAAAUGAAGUUGUUAAAGAGUGUGAUAUGUUGUUACAACAAAAAAUUAUUGAUCAAGAUUUUAUCAGAGGGUCUAAAAAUAAUUGUUAUUUUAUGUUUAGUAUUGAAAAUGUUUAUCCAACAGUAUUUGGUCUUGGAGUUGGUAAUGACAUUGAAACUGCCAAAAAUGAGGCUGCAUUAGAUUUAAUAGCAAAUAUAUGUCUAUUGUAUAAAUAAUUUUUUUUUUGUCAACUAACUAAAAUUUUGUAAUUGAUAUUUUUUAUUUUAUUAUCAUUGUAAUAUCAUUUUUAAAAAUAUUUUCCUAAUUGUUAUUUUUGUUAAAAAUGAAAUAUUUUGUCAUUUUAUAUUAUUUCCAAUAUAUAUAUAUGUAUACAAUUUUUAUAAUGUAUACAAUUUUUAUUUUUAUGUAUAGUAAUUUAUAAAAUUACUAUACAUAAAUCUAUUUUAUGUACAUGAUUCUUUACAAAUAGAAAUAAGUUUUGAUUUAAGUUAUCUUGUGUAGGACUAAUUUCUUCUGUAUGCAUUUAUCGUAUGAAAUGCAUACUAUACAUAUUUAACUCAUAGAGAAAUAAAUAUUUUUGCUUGUACGUUAUUGAGCACUAAUAUUUAUAGUUUCAUGGACACAUGUACUAAGAGAUAGUGUUUCUUGAUUUAUUUUGUAGAGGUGGUGUAUACAGCAGUAUAAUUAAGAUGUUAAAACUUUUUUCUUUUCCUUUAUUUUGCUUAAAUGAAUAUUUACAUAUUUAAUACAAUAAGUAAUUUUUAUAAUUUUAUUGAUUAUAUAAUACAAGACAGCAUUUAAAUGUAUUUAUGUAGUAUAAUUAGGCCAUAACAUGUUAAUUGAAAACAGUUUGGUAACUUGUUAUUUUUUUUGAAGUUUAAAUUUUUAAUUUUACUUAAUAAAGCUGUACAUGUUAAAUUUAA